CGUUCCUCUGCUGGGUGUAGCAGCAGUAGUCUGCGGUCGCCCCUCAUUCAACUUUUGCUCGGAUUAAGUACGCGAGUCUCCGGCAUUUCCAGCUGCAAUAGUCGUCGGGUGCGGUCACGUCGAAUUACAGUUCCAUUAUCUGUUGCAGCGAACGGCCCGUUCCGUGGGUGGUAGGCAUUCGUCACGAUUUAUCGGCGAUUUGAACCAGCUGCCAGGGUACCGAGAUGACAGAAAACGGGAGAAAAAUUAGUACGGCAGGAAGAAAAAUGAGCGUGGGAUGCGAAGGAGAAAAGAAAUACAUCGUAACAACGGAGCGCUGUGGCGACUUGCACGUGCAUGUGCAGGGUGAUCUGAAUCAACAAGGGAAGAAAGCAGUUUUCCUUACAGUUCACGACUUGGGGUGUAAUCAUGCAUCAUUCCAUGACUUUGUGAACCAUCCUUGUAUGUGUGAAAUCAAAGAGAGGUCUCUCUUCAUCCACAUUGAUGUCCCGGGUCAUGAGGACAAUGCUCCAAACCUACCAGACAGCUUUCAGUUUCCUACACUGCAGACACUGGGAGAAGAUCUUGUCACAGUGCUAGACUUCCUGCAUGUGAAAUAUGUGAUAGGGCUGGGUGAAGGAGCUGGAGCAAAUGUUCUUGCCAGAUUUGGGAUUGCCAAUCCCUCACGUGUACUUGGCCUCAUUCUUAUCAACUGCACAGGCAGUGCAGCAUCUGUUUUGGAAAAUUUCAAGAACAAGUUUGUAAACUGGAAAGGAAGUGGGUCAGUGAGCCAGUCUGCUGAAGAAUAUUUAAUAUUCCACAAAUUUGGACAUCAAAUUGUGAAUGAUGCAAAUUCAGACAAGGAGAAGGUGAUGCAGGAGUUCCAAGAGCGAAUAAGGAGCACUAUUAACAACAAGAACCUUAAGCUGUAUGUGAAUGCCUUCCUUAACCGAAAGGAUCUGCCAUUGAAGCAGUGCAAGACAGACAUACUGCUAAUAACAGGAGUGUUAAGCUCAUAUGCUAAUGUGGUGGAGAAGCUGCAUCGUGACUUGGAGAAGACAAAAGCCACUCUGCUCAAGAUUGAACGGGCAGGGGAUGUCCUCCUGCAAGCACCAGAGAAAGUUGCACACAGCAUCCUUCUUUUCUGCAAAGGACAGGGACUCCUCACAUCACUGACACUGCCUGGAGUAGAGAGGCAGAGGACAUUCUCCAGUAGCUCAGGUGAUGGUGAUGGUCGACCACGUCUUUCUCGAGGCAUGAGCAUGGAGGAAUAUGACAAGCCUAAUAUUCGACGACUCUCCAUCACCAUUAACAGUGACCAUGUGCCAAACAAGCACAAUUAAACAAUUUUUAUAGAUAAACUAUACCCACCUGUUUCAUAACGGAGGGCUUGGUCCCUUAUGCUCAUUUUCUAUCCCUGGAAUAUGAGUUGGCUCAUAGAAGAUUAUGAGCAGUGAACUGAGUGUAAUUUGGCUCUUGUUUGUGGGGUCUAGAUUCACACUGAAUUCAUACUACAGUAGAAAAUAUAAUAUUCUGUUCCUCAUGCUAAUAACACAACCAGCACAACAGCACACCAUGAUAGAGACCUAUUUUUGUAAAUCUGUGCAUCAUCAUCAUUUUUGGCACAUUAAGUUACUGUGUUACAACGGAGUUAUUUUUCAUACUAAUUCAGCAGACUCCUAGUAAAAAAUGUUGAACUGGGUCAGGUCAGACAAACUGGGCUAAAUAAACAACAUUUGGUAAUCAAAAUUAAUCAACAUUAUUAGCAGUUACUAGAAUAUAAAGACAAAUAGCAAAAAUUAUUUCAUCAUAAAUGCUGACAGUCUUAUAUAAUUUCAGUGACAAUCAUAAAAAGAACAAUAAGUUUUGUAUUCAUACAAAUUACUCUCUACUGUGUUCUGACUUCAGAGGCCUUGAUCCUGUUUGGUUUGGACUGCUACUGUUGCACCAUAAAUGGUCAAGAUCCUCUAUGAUAAGACUAUUUUACCUUUGGCCUAUCUCUUGCAUAUGCCUCACUGUAAAUGGGAGUCAGCUUCACACAGUAAUUUUGUCAGAUUAUCAGACACAUGAGAACUUCGCUGCAGAGUAAAGAGGAAGAAGUUACUAGAUGCAGGGCAUCUUAAACACACUUUCUGUUUUGCAGACAAGAAAACAGUUCAAACUGAGUCAAAAGCUUUUAUAAAUCACCUUAUUAAUAAUUCAGCUGUAGAUCUAAUGUAUAUCUUACAUAUCUGAAACAACAUUUGGUAUAAAGAUCUUCUGUAUUUAAAUUUUCAUGUUGUGUCAAGAUGGCAGAAUUAAUGAAAGAAGACAGACAUGUUUAUUUGUACAAAUAAUUUGAAGCAAUAUCCAGUAAUUACAUUAUGCCAGAUGUACAUUAUAUUCUGUGAUGUGAAUUAGAAAGCAAUUCAGAAAUGGCAAGCAGCUAAUACAUGACCUUUCAAACAAUUCUGCUUUUAGGAUCAGAAAACACAGUCAUAAAGAAAUACUGAAAAAUGCGUUUCCACAAACCUCAUAUCCCAGAAGAAAACUCAAUACCUGCUUAACAUAAGUAAAUUAUGCUUAUCAUUUUCAUUACUUGGUAUUAGUUUGAAAUAACCAUUUGAGCAAUAAGACGGCUUUACCAAAUAAGGAAUUACUGAAAUUUUCUGAAAUAUUGAUCAAAUAGCCUCAAUGAAGAGAGAAUACCAAAAUAGAUAAAACACAUAUAAACAUAUCUAUGAAAUAAUUAGCAAAUUGGAAUUCUUUCACUCUUGAGAUCCAUGCUGUGCUGAUUUCUGUUUCUAGGACAAAUACGUAUGUCAGUAUUACAUUGAGGUAGCAGCUCGUGUGUAAGAUAGUGUAGAAAUGCAGUAAUGCAAUUGUACCAGCUGAUGGAGCUUGUUGAUAGAGAGGUAGUCCUUUUAUAUUAUACAUGACUAGCAGCAAACAUUUUAUAUAUACCUUAUAGUUACACUAUCACACAUUCAUUUGCACACAUAGCAAAAGAGUAACAAGUGCAAUCAAGGAAUGAUGUGAAAGAAAAUAGUUCGAUUCUUAGUUUUGUACCUCUUUUAUUUUGUCCAGGUACUCUGUAUACUGUCAAUGUUUGCUAAGUAAAUAGUAUAUAAUAUAUAUUUUAUAAUAGAUAUAAGUGGAAACAAACUUUGUACAUAUAGUGGAUUUCAUCCACACUCGUAUAUACAGUACAACACUUGUCUUUAAACAGAAGUACAUGAGAGUUAACAAUAUAUAUGCAGUAUAUAUACAUGCUGCACAUUAGUUUAUCAACUGCAAAGAAAGUCAUCUUCAGACAGACGCAAGGAAUACAGUUAGUCUGAAGUUAUGAAAUGAGUAAUGUAAAACAUGACUGUAUUUAGAAGUACAGUAUUUCAUCAAUGGAUAAAUUUGUUUUACAAUGAUACAUUAUUUCAGAUGCCCAAAAUGGUUUGAUGCUGAUGCUGAUCCUGUUUUUGAGUGGACUGUAUUGCAGACAUUUCAGAGAUUCUUACUGUCUCUGCCUUCAAGGUGAACACCAUAGGGUCAUCAAGUAAUACUGAAGAUGAAGCAGAAAGGAUCUUCACAAUGUUAGCAAUACGUCCAUUUCUACAUGGAGCCAUCAUUCAAAAGCUAGAUCAGCAUUAAUUUUAGAAGUGUUCAAGAAAACCAUUAUUCAGUGGAAUGUAUAUAAAUUGAGAUGGACAAUUAAAAAAGCCUAGCUGAUAUAUUCAUUACAUAUUCAGAAGUAGUCCUUCGGAGUCUUACUAUGUAGAAUUUAAUUCAGGUAUAAGAAAAACAAGAAUUCUUUAGUCCAGAAACUACCAACUUGCAGAUGCUGUGUUUUGAAGUUCAAGGAAUAUAGAUGCUUUUUGUUACCAAUUCGUAUAGCUCAUUGUUAUUAAAUUGUUUAUUUUAUCCA